GUUCCGCCGCGAAACAGAACCCGGGCGAAAGGUUCUGCUUCCGAAGGCUUCCUGUAGUGACCUUGCUCCUCCUGGAGGCACGCUGCGUGGGCCCUUCUCUGCCGGACGGAGCGGAUGGGCCUCCCCCUGGGUCUUGUCUUCUUCCUCCUCUUCCUUCUCCCCGGAGGGUCGCUGAGAAAGGAUGGAGGCUGGCCGACAAACAGGCGCACUGCCUUAACGGAAGAAGAGAGCUGCACCAUCGAAAGGCGAGACGCCAGUUUAACCUACGCCGAGUUCAUUCAGCAAUAUGCCUUUUCUCGGCCGGUUAUACUUCAGGGCAUCACAGACAACUCGAUGAAGAUCGAAGCCUUCCUGUAUAGUCCAUCCUGCCCUGCUUUCAUGGACAACCUAAAUGAGUUCCAGGCUCACUGUACCAAGGAGGAACUUCUGGCUAAAUUUGGGGACCAUCACAUCCGACUGAGCACCGCCAAUACCUACUCUUACCAAAAAGUUGACCUCCUCUUCCUGGAAUAUGUGGAUCAGCUGCUGGAACCCCAGGAUCUGGACUCUCUUGGGAGCGAAACACUCUACUUCUUUGGGGACAAUAACUUCACCGAGUGGGGCUCUCUCUUCCGAAGCUACACGCCUCCACCUUUUCGGAUCCCAGGCACCACGGGCGCCUACAGCUUUGGGAUCGCUGGAUCCGGCUCGGGUGUGCCGUUCCAUUGGCACGGCCCUGGCUUCUCAGAGGUUAUCUUUGGCAGGAAGCGCUGGUUUCUGUAUCCACCGGAGAAGAUGCCCAAGUUCCACCCGAACAGAACAACCCUGUCUUGGUUGCUGGAUACAUACCCUUUUCUGCCGUCGUGGGAGAGACCCAUGGAAUGCACCAUUCACCCUGGGGAGGUCCUGUACUUCCCAGACCGCUGGUGGCACGCCACUCUCAAUCUGGACACCAGUGUUUUCAUCUCAACCUUCCUGGGUUAGCUGAUCUGGAUGGCCAUAUCCUGGGAUUCCUGCCAUCUCCCAUGCUGUUUUAUAUGAAGUUGCAAAUUUGGUGCUGGUGGCCAAACAACCACAGGACUUUCGUCUAUGACAUGACAGGCAGAUGCUAGGGCACUUCGUGGGAUUCAGACAGCCGGGACCCAUUCCAGCUAUGAAGUACCUCUUGUCAGAACUUGGCAGCUUUGUGUUUUUUGGAGUAUAGCUCCAGAACUCCCCAGCCCAGCAUAGUGAUUGGAAGCUAUAUGUGCAGAACAAAAGUUACCAAGCUCUUAAGUGGUUCUGCAUGUGAAGGAAGCAAGAGCUUGGCAGUUUUGGUUCUGCACUAUAGUUUCCAGACUCCCAAUAACUAUUGGCUAUGGAGAUCUGGGAACUGCAGCACAGGCCAAAAACCACCACACCCUUGCAUUCUUCAAUCAGAGUUCAUUGAACUCCAAGCAGCUUCUGCUUAACUAAAAAUAUUUCAACAGUACCCUCAGCUGAAAUGCACUCACUUAACUCCCAGUUUCCCUUACUACUGGCAAAGUUGGCUGUGGCUGAUAAGAGUGAUCUGCAUCUGGCACGAGUCAGGCAUUUAUUGAGCACUGACCAGUUUCUGGUAUCCAGAACAUGAUGAUAUAUUUUAAUCUUCAUACAAUGCCUUGUUAGCAUCAGGUUGAAUGAUGGCUGAAAGAUCCUUUAACUAAAAUUUCCCACACUUCUUUGGGACUUAAAACACAAUUGCUGCCCCCUACUAGUUGCAGCAUCAAGUAAGCAAAAAUCCUCAGGCCACCAGACCAAGGCUGGACAACCUGGACUGCUACAAUUUCCUGCAAAUGGUGUUGGGCUUCCAUCAGCUCUUCCAUCAGCUCUUCCUAUCAGAACUAAUAGCAAGGGAAACUGGGAGUUGUAAUCCAGCUACACAUGCUGGUGGUAGACCAUUACCAUUACUGGACCAUUAUAGCAACAGAAUAUUUUGGCUACCUCCCAUAGAGUUCAUCAAGCUUAGAGGAAACUGAAUCAACUUGAGUAGAGGGUUCCCCGUUGCCUUCCUCGGCCUAUUUCCCACUACGGAAGUCUUUGGUAUCGAAAGCUGUGUGUCGAGCGUUGUUUGGUCAACUGCAUCCUAAUUGUUUUCCUGAAUUCCGCCUACACUUUCGGUCAAAUUUGUUUCUGCCUUAACUAAUCCCCAAAAGUAGGUCCCUUAUUCCUUUCCUAUCGGCUCUGCUUCCAGUUCAUUGGGUGUCGCUGCCGUUCUUCUCUUUGCAAGACCCUUGAUCUUAAAUGACAGUAUCCAUCCACUUCAUGAAGAGGUUUAAGAACUGGGUCAAGAAACCACUUCCAGGCAAAAUUGCCUCUUCAGUGAAAAUGCCCAGCUUUAGCAGGCGAAAUCUCUUGAUUCCUCUGCACUUUGCUCAGUGUUGAGAAUCAACCAGGAUGCACCUGACAGCAGGCACCAAUGAGGGACGCAGCAUGACCGCCAAUCUUCUAAAAAUGUCACAGUUUGCAGGGGAGGUGGCAGAGCCUGGCACUUGCUGUCCAAAUACAUUUUGCCUCCAUUCCCACUUCCGAAGCUUGCUUGCUGUUUGCUCUAAGAGCUGCAGGAAGGAAGCAGUGAAGACUCUUCACCUCUGAUUUAACCAAGAAUUGGGCUUAAACCAGUGUGCCUCUUGGAAAACACCUGCAAGGCACACUUACAGGUCACCUGUUUCUAAUCCACCCUCACACCCCUCUCACCCACCAAAGAGGUCUCACCACAGCAAAGUGGGUGAAGAACUAGACAUCCCUGCUGGCCUCGCAAAGCCAGGUGAACUCGCCCUUUAAAGUCUCAUAAUCAUAGGCUUCCUCGCCAGGAAGGAAGCAACCAUUACGUCUAUGCCAAGCAUGCGGAUGAUCUAGUUAAAAAUUGGGGAAUCUUCUUGGGAUGGGAUUAAGUUUACAUAGCCUGGUCUGUUUUUCUUUGGGGUGGCCAACUUUUUGCAGGAGCCCUGCUCCUGUGCCUUUUAUCAGGAAAAGAACCCAUGACGGUCUUCUCCCUUCCAGGGGGCCUGAGCAUUUCUAGAUAGGCUAACAACAGGCAAAAAGAGGCAACAAGUAUUGCAUAUCUUGUUUUACAUUUUCUAUAUACAUUCCUCUUUUCUUGUGGUCCUACCCUGGACCUCAAAUUCCAUUUUGGGUUUUGCUGCCUUAAGGCUGGGUUAGUUUCCUUCUUGUUUGGGAGAGCAGUCUUUAGUCCUUCAGAUGUUUCUGGACUCUUAAUGCCCAUCAACAUAGGUGAAGAUUGAUGGGAGUUGUAAUAACCUAUCCAGCAAGUCCAAGCACCUGCUCUGCAAUGAAUAUAGUUUCCAGAGGUAUGAGGCUAUUAUUCUUAUGUGUCUUUUGAAUUGAAGUGGAAUUGUGAACAGUAAGAAGAAAUCUGCAAAGCUUAAACCAAAGAAGAGGGAGCCAUGGCAGCCCGCAUACCGUGCUAAGUGGAACAUUUAUCAGCAGGUGAAAACUGUCCCCGUUCUUCAAAGAACAGCACUAACGUGACUCGCCUUUCUGAUCUAUGGCUAAAUUGUACUUACUUGCUUUUAUUGUUGUCCUGGGAAAAGGUGAAAACGGGCGGCAGGGAGAGCGAGCAUUAGGGAUUUGCAUCUUAUUGCCGUAACACAAUGGGCGUUGGCCACUCUGCAUUUUGAAUUAAAAUAUUUGUCAUAAAGCUGAA